AACAAGCAUCACGCGUCGCUAGCUGCAUUAACGUUUUUGGUUCUUCGGUUAUCUCCGCCGUAGUUAACAAAAUAAUGGUAACCGGUUCUGUUCCGGGGAGCCAUGUCAGAGCCGGGGACAGCAGCUGCUGCAGGUAGCCCUCACUUCCCUGAGCUGUGGAGAAAAAACAUUGAAGUUGACCACGACACAAGGCAGGCUAGGAGAGAUGCAGAGGAAACGCCUGCAGCAGUAACAUCACCUGGCAGAAACGAUCUUCUGAGUCCUCGGUUCAGAGGCAGCAGCAGAGGAUUCAAUGCUGCAGAGUCUCCAGGAGAUGGAGAGUCUUCACAGGACAUUUUCUGGGAUAGCGGGUCUCCAGCUCAGGCCGGAAACAAAACCAACAUGGCAGUGGAAAUCUCUGACAUCGUGAACCGCAUCGCUCCAAAGAAUAUAAAGCCCAAAUCAACAGAAUCAUCAUUGCUACACUGGAUAGACGAUGGCGUGAUCCCUUGUACUCCUUAUAAUCCGAAGCCCACAGCCAGAAGGAGGUCCUGUCGACAGAGCUGCGUGAAGGACCUCAUGAAGCUUGCCAAGGAGCUUGAUAAAAACAUGCAGCAAGACGAGAAGACUUCAGUCCAACAGAACGCUGUCAUCAGCCAACCUGUGAACGCCACUGAAAUCAACGUACAGGAUCCAAAGUGUCCGUCCUCGUUGGAGCAGGCAGAGGCAGAGCUGAAUGCUCUGUUUGACUCGUCCACUCAGGGAAUCAGUGGGAGGUUGAGUCAGGGUUCAGUCUCCACUCAGGACAGAAAGGACCAGCCAAAGACUCCUGUUUAUGCUGAUCACAAACAGUUAGAACCUAAGACAGCAGAUAAGCUUCCAGAAAAUAAUUUAGUCUACUUUGAGGAUGACUGGGACAAUGACGACCUAAUCAAUGACCCCUUGAUAUUGGCGCUGACGCAGGAUCCCAACGGUCCUAUCGAUGCUCACCCUGAGACUUCGGUAAAGUGUCCCAUUCAAACAAACACUAAAACACUAGCCUCUGUUUUCAAAACUACUACAAGUCGAAGGAGCUUCAAACUGGAACCCAACCCUCACUUCCAGACCAGACUGGAUAAAGAUGCAGAGGAGUCCAGCUUCACUGUUAUACAGCCCAAAUCAAAGAGCCCUGCGCAGACCUCUGCUACCAGGAAGACAAUCACAAAUCCACAACCAAACAAAGUUACUGAGAAAGUAAAGUUUUUCCUGCCAGGCCCACCAGGCAAUGAUGCUUCAGACAGUUUCUGGGACGAUGGUGAUGACGAUGCCCUUCUCUACCAGCUCUGCGACAGCGUGGAGAGGGUUUCCAACAACCAGCUGCAGGAAGUGAGUCACAGAAACUGUGAAGAGAAGCCAAAAUGGCCCACAGCCAGACACCAGAACAUCACAGAUCUUCAAGUCAACACUGAACCCCCGGGGUCUUCCGGUAUGAAUGCAAAGAGACAAUCAUCGGGUUCUUUUGUCCGUUGCAACUCGUUACCAGUGACAACCCAUGAAAUGGGGAACUAUCAAGGAUGGAACAUUCCUUUGAGAGGUGGCGGCCAGAAAGCGGGAGUUUCUCAAAGCUUCCCAGGUGGGAAUGUCGGUUUGGGAAAGUUUAACCAUGGUGCGAUUCAGGCUGAUGCGGAUAUGAAACCUCACACAGUGACAACCAGAGUACCUCAGAACUCAAGGUCCCAGCAUGCAGCAUUCAAAAGAAAUGUGUCGGACUCAGCCAUCAUCAGCAACAAGGUUUUUGUCACCAACCAGACCACAGGGAAAUGCUCUGCAGCUGAGAUUGAGAGGAAGAGGCAGGAGGCCUUGGCCAGGAGGCGACUGAGGAUGCAAACCCCUCAAAUCCACAACAGCUGAAGACAAAGAUCUUUAUUACACAAAAAGCUUGACAUCAAUGAAUGAAAAUACUUCAUUAAUGUAACUUUAAACCAAAGAGGCUAAAUUAGGUUCAGAUUCAGCAUAACUCUUGCAGUGUGUAACCCUUUGUUUUUGCACAGAUUAUGGACCAAUUUUGUACUGAAACAUUGUUUUGACAUCUGAAUGUUUGAUUUGAACACCUUUAGAAAUGUUUUUUGUAGUUUUUUUUUAUCACAAAUCAACCCAACUGAAACAUCAAACUGAUUCUGUUUUUUGUUUCUAUACUUUGAGUUGGAAGGCAUUAUUGGGUUCUUUUAUCUGCUUUGUUACUGUAGCUAAAGGGGAUGUUGGGAUCUCCAAGUACAUCUUAGCCAUCCUCAUGUGGAACAAUUACUGCAUUCCCUGCAAAAGUAUUCAUGACUCAGAGUUGAGGGACCAAGAUGGUUAAGCAUGAGGAACUGUAGCUUGCAACUUGAAUUCUUUCUGAUUUCAAUACAUAUUCUUAAAAUCCACUAAUUAUCAGA